AUGGCCGACAACCUCGUCAAGAUAUUCAAGAAGAGAGGAUUUGAGGUUCAGAAGGGGAUUCCUAAGCUACCUGGAAUUACAGAAGGGAGUGUUAUCUCUCUAGGCUUGACUAUCCCAGAGAAAUCACCAACAGCUCCUAAGCCUGCAUCUGAGAUUGUACCUGUGGUACCCUCUGGGGGUAUCGAAGAGAUGGAAAUGAUAUUCGGCAGAACUUCCUCUUCUCCUAGGCCCUCUAGACAUUCUGAAGGGAUAGGGAGAGGAGCGGUAUCUUUCCUGAUGGAAGGGGUCAGGGAUAUCAGGGCCUCGCCAUCGCCACCUCCAAAGUCGCCGGCAGUAUCCCAAAUUGAGAGGGAUAUCCGAAGCCCAAGUCCUCGUCAGCUUGCUGGGUUGGAUGUGUCGAUGAGAGACAUUCAUGGAAUGUCCGCUAGGAGUGACGUCUUAAUAAGGGAUCCAUCGUCCAGCCCACUACGUCGUCAAGCUGCCAGAUCCCACAGGACCCCGACUGUUUCUACUGUCCAAUUCAUCGAUGGAGCCAUCUUUGCUACUUCAACGAUAAUACUAUUCUUAAAGGACGAAGCGAGUAUAAUAACAUCUCUAUCAGUGAGGGUGCAAAGAAGAUGA